GGGAAAGGGAGGGGGGCAGUAGAACAGGGGGCACGAAGAAACAUCGGAUUGGACAAUGGCAACUUCCCUGCAGGCCAUGGGGGCAAUAGGGCUGUGCCUUUCGCUCUACGCUGUGUACGUGGAGCACAAGAAUGAGGAGGACUCUUCCUAUGAGGCAAUGUGCGAUGUCAGCGAGCGGAUGUCCUGCUCGAAGGUGCUAAUGAGCGAAUGGGGACACAUCUUGUCGCAGCUAGGGGUCUUGCCGAAGGGGCACCAGUUUGACCUAGCCAAUGCCACCUUGGGCGUGCUCUACUUUGCGGCAGUGUUCCUCCACCGUUUGUUUCCUCUUUCCUCCUGCCAAGCAAAGGCAAAGGUCGUCUUCGCCUUGACAGUCCCAGUCGUGGGCGUGUCUCUGUACCUCAUGUACAUCCUGCUCGUCGUGUUACAGGAUAUCUGCCUGAUCUGUGUCAGCAUUUACGGCGUAAAUCUGGCCGUGCUCGUUCUCAGCUACCGAGGUUUACGCGGAAGUGCUUCUGGCCCCCGAACAUCCUUCGAUAGAAAAUCAGACUGAAACGUCCGAUCAAUCUCGUUUAUUUCCUCCUGGAGCAUGGUUGCCUGGGCUCUGGAGCUUGGGGGGGGAGGGGCAGUUUCGUCCCUCUGCUCCCACUGGUUGUUGCUAGCGAGCAAUGGUAGGGGGAGCAACAGGUGAAUACCGGACAUGGUUCU